UGAGCUGGAGAAAAACGCUGUUCGUCAGCGAGGCGUUUGUCGCCGCAAAACACCUAUGCGUUUACUUCUUCUUCUACCUCUGUCCCCGAAAACCAGUUCGUGCUAUCUAGGGUUAGCCCAACAGCGGCUACGGGUGUCUGGCCAGCAGCAACAGCUGCGGCAGUUCCGCGCCCGGAGAAGCCGCGCGCUGGGCGAUGCGGAGGACGACGACCUGCCGCUUCCUCAUUCGGGCGUCCUCCUCUGCGCCGUCGAGAGACGACCAUGGCCGCCCGAUGCCCGAGCACCGCCGGCCAAGGAUCCGCCGGCGUCCAGACCCCCUCACGCCAUCCCCAUCUCGCCAGAGACCUACACCAAGUCCCAUCCAGCGCCCGCGCCACCCUUCGGGCCCCGCCCCGCAGCUCUGCAGCCCGAGCGCUUCGGCCGCCUCGCACCCGAAGCAGAGGAGAGGAGCUCCCUACCACGAGCCUCUCCAGCCCCGGCAAACCAGCAGGCCGACCCGGCCUCCUAGUCACUUCCCUCCUUCCUUUUUUUCCGGCGGUACGCAUCACCCCUUCCUUGGCUUCUGCGGGAAGCCGGCGGCAAGCUGCGGCCCGUGCCCGGCGGUGGAGAAGGCAAAUGGAUAAGCGGUGGUGGUGCCCGGUGGUGAAGCAGUUUAAUUAAGUACCGUGGGUAGAAUUGUAACAAAUGCAGGGGUGUUUAUGUAAAAACGAAGCGUUUUCUCA